UAGUGACGCGCGGUCGGCGGCUGCGCGCUCGGCGGCUACCGUACAAAACUUUACACCAUUCGUAUCACUUCCCUCCCGGAGCACCAUGAGGGUCGGAGUGGCCCUCCUCGCGGGCCUGGCCAUCAUCUCCGCCGCCCUCACGCACCAGGCAACAGCUUUAGAAGACCUUUACUGGGAAGGGGAGGAGGACUCGUCCAACGAGUUCCUCGAAGUCAAAGAUGAGGAGCUGGGCAUCACAGGACACCUGACAAGGCUGAAGAGAGGAUUUGGAGAUUUGUUCGAUUUCUUUGGCUCUUCAUCGUCGUCAUCAACGACGACACCUUCGCCGGAGACCACCACCAUCCCGGCUGAGUCACUCAUCAACGAAUAUGACUCAGGCAAGGAUGAUGAUCUGGACACCGACGGCGGAUCAGGGGCACCAUCUAUGGGAGAAACAGAAACAGAACUCAGAGAAAAAACGCUCCGUGUGACGUUCGUGGUGAACCAUCCUUACCAGGCGCAGUACUCCAACCGGGACUCACAACAGUUCAAGAGUUUCUCCAUGUCCCUCGCUGAAGCCGUCAACCAACUCUUCGACACCCUGCCGGGCACUCAACGAGCCAGUCUCGUCAGGAUACAGUCUCGUAUUUCGGAUGAGUUUACGUGCAAAGUGACAUUGGACAUCGUGACGACUGGCUACGAGGACACUGACCGCAUUACGGGCAUCCUGCGCGACCACAUCAGGAACCGUCGAAUGCUGGGCACCGUUGCCGUCAGUGAUAACGAUUUCAGCGCCAAUGUUAUCGACCCAGCCGGUUGGGUUGUAGGCUCGUCAUUCGACGUGUGCGCCGCUGAUGAGUUCCGUUGCGACGAUGGGCGUUGCGUCGCCGGAUCUGCUCGCUGCAACAAGGUCAACGAAUGCAGCGACGGCUCCGACGAAGCCGGAUGUCCUUUUGAUGAUUGGGGCGUGGGUGGCGACGACGACCAAGCUACUGAAUCAGAUUUGAUCGAAACAGCUUUACCUGAAGAACCACUACCGACUAGUUGGUUACCAUGGGAUGGUGAUAGGGGUGACAGUAACGCAUUUGAUGAGGUGACUACCACCAGAGAUUAUAGCACCACGCCGGUCCCGAUAUCAAUAACUUGCCAGAAUGACGAACUGCGUUGUGACGAGACGCGUUGUGUGCCGCUGACUGCGCGUUGUAACGGCUACGUCGACUGUGACGAUGGUGCUGAUGAAUUCAACUGCGAAGAAACGUGUGGCGUGGACGACUUCCGCUGCAACAACGGGAAAUGUAUCGAAGGCAGCCGCCGGUGCGACCACAUCGUCGACUGCCCCGGCACGGGCAACGAGGAUGAACUCAACUGCAAGUGCAGGCCAGACGAAUUCCAGUGCGUCAGUGACGGAUCUUGCAUCGAGGCCAGGAAGCGUUGUGAUGGACAAAGCCACUGCCGCGACAGCUCCGAUGAGGACGACUGUGGUGCCAGGUACUUUAGAUGCAGGACUGGAAAGUUAAUCCCAGCAUCUCUAAGAUGCAAUCGCGGUUACGAUUGUCCACCAGGAGACUAUUCCGACGAACAGAAUUGUCCAUGUGGUGAUGGCGACUUCCGCUGCGACAAUGGCCACUGCAUCCCCGCCUCCAAACAUUGUGACAGAACGCAUGACUGUCAAGACCGAUCCGAUGAAAGAGAUUGCAUUUAUGGCACCAUUUGCAUGGCUUACGAGUAUAAGUGCACGAGUGGAGAGUGCGUGCGCGCAGAGGCGGCGUGCAACGGCAGCGCGGAAUGCGCCGACGGCUCUGACGAACGAAACUGCCCCUGCAGAAGGGACCAAUUCGAAUGCCGCGACGGCACCUGUAUUAACCUAGCCCUCCGCUGUAACGGUCAAAGAGACUGCAGGCCUAACGGGGAAGACGAAGUCGACUGCCGCAGCGUACAGUGUCCCGCGGAUAGUUUCACCUGCAACCCAGGGUCUGCCAUCCGAUGCGCCAGAAGAUGUGACGGCCAGACAGAGUGCGACUCCGGCGAAGACGAAGACAAUUGCGAAGAGUGCAACCACGAGUGCAAUGGCAGAUGCCUGGAGGACGUGCUGAUCUGUAACGGAGUCAGCGACUGCCCCGAUGGCAGUGAUGAACUCGACUGCGACGGCUGCGACGGCCCCACCGACUUUAGGUGCCGAGAAACAGGAGAGUGUCUAAACAUCGCCCAACGCUGUAAUGGCGUGCCAGAAUGCUCCGACUACAGUGACGAGACGGGCUGCAAUGACACCAUCACUCCUGCACCACGUGGCUGUUUAGAAAAUCAGUUCCAAUGCCGUAAUGGUACUUGCAUUAACUACGAUUUCUACUGCGACGGCCAUGACGACUGUAACGAUAACUCUGACGAAGAAAAUUGCCAUGUGGUUCGUGACUGCAGCAGCGAGGAUUUCCAGUGUGUGUCUGGUCAAUGUAUCAAUGGUGCCGGCUACUGUGAUGGAGUGCCUCAGUGUGACGACGGGUCUGACGAAAACGGGUGCCCUACCACCAGGCCGUGGUACACCACCACACCCUACCAGCCCCCCUACCAGCCGUCCUACCCGCCCCCAACUGCUAGACCAACUAGGCCACCCUACGACUACUAUACCACCACUCCUUUCCCGACCUACCCAAGACCACCGCCUCCUCCGCCAGAUAACAGAGAUCGAUGCACCAGAAAUCAAUGGCGUUGCGAGAACGGACCGUGUAUCGACUCAUUCCGUCGAUGCGAUGGCCAUGUCGACUGUCCCUACGACAGCAGCGAUGAGUUCGAUUGUCCCCCUGGCAGUCCAGUUGCUUUAAAACUACAGACAUACCCGGAUGCUCAAUCGGUUAGAAACGGUGGCGAUGUGGUGUUCCAAUGUCGUGACGAGGGCCCCUUGCGAGCGCCAGUCCGCUGGGUCCGCGAAGGAGGACGACCCCUGAAACCUGGCUCCACCGACAGAAACGGACGCUUAGAAAUGAUCCAAGUGUCUAUGGCGGAUGGUGGAACUUACAUUUGUCAAGCACCCAGAUAUCUUGGCUAUCCUGGUUCUGAACUGAGAGUCCAACUUACUGUCGAUAGUAGUCCUCCCCCUGCCCAGUCUCCAUCCUUUGGCGCAUGCGCAGCCUGGCAAGCUACUUGCGGUAACGGACAGUGCAUCGCAAAAUCAGCUGUAUGUGACGGCAAUAGGGACUGCUCUGACGGAUCUGACGAGGACAACUGCAAUCAAAACGGCAUGUGCGAGCCAAAUCAGUUCCAAUGCGCGAAUCGCAAAUGUGUGCUGAAGACUUGGCUGUGUGAUUACGAAGACGACUGUGGCGACAACUCUGAUGAGAAGAACUGCGGACCCUCCGUCGUUGCUCCUGGCGAAUGUCUGCCUGUAGAGUUCAGAUGUAGCUCCGGUGGUCAAUGCGUGCCCAAGAGCUUCCACUGUGAUGGACAAAGCGACUGCUUGGAUGGAUCCGACGAAAUUGGCUGUGCACCGGUCCACGUAACAAAGCCUCCUCAACCAUCAAACCUGCGACUGAACCCCGGCGACACUCUCACCCUGGUCUGCGAAGCUGUUGGUGUCCCCACUCCUCUAAUAUCAUGGCGACUGAACUGGGGUCAUGUACCACAGAACUGCACAUCUACCAGCGACCGAGGAAUCGGAGUCCUCACCUGUUACAAUAUGCAGCCGGAGCACAGCGGAGCGUACUCUUGCGAGGCCAUCAACAAUAAGGGUACAACCUUCGCAUCGCCAGAUUCCAUCGUCUACGUCAACAAAACUGAUGUCUGUCCAAGCGGCUUCUUUAACAGCGAGGCGCGAUCAGAGAGUGAAUGCAUCCGUUGCUUCUGCUUCGGCGAGUCGACGCAGUGCCGCAGCGCGGAUCUCUUCACGUACAACAUGCCCACCCCUCUUGGAGAAGGUGGCACCAGGCUUACCGGCAUCAAACAGAACUACAACGGAGAAAUCCAGAUCGAUUCGCAACCCGUUACUGACCAGUACUAUUAUCAACCGCUCAGGAACGGCGCCACCGUAACAAAACUAGCGAACUAUUGGUCGUAUGGAGGAAACAGUGCGCACCCGUACCUCUCUCUCCCGGAGACUUACAACGGCAAUCAACUGACGUCAUACGGCGGUCACAUUAAGUACCGUCUCUCUCCCCAUUCACCACGAUAUGGAUCUGAUGAUGGACUCCCUGAUAUCAUCAUUAAGGGCAAGUACCAAAACUUGGUGCAUCAUCACAGAGGUGACAAAUCCAGAGAGACGUACAUUGAAGCUCGUUUGACCCCAGAAAACUGGCAGAAGACCAGCCCGAAUGGACUGACUCCGGCUACAAGAGAAGAUAUUAUGAUGGCACUUGACAACAUCGAGAGUAUCCUUCUACGAGCUGACUUGAACAACGCCGGAGUAAACAUCACGGACUUUAACAUGGAGUCUGCGCAGCACAUCAGCGUCGGUCUCGGUCCCGCCAACUUGGUUGAAGAGUGCACCUGCCCUCCUGGAUAUGAAGGACUUUCUUGCCAGAAAUGCGCAUCAGGAUACGCCCGCGAGAACUCUGGUCCUUGGCUGGGCAACUGCGUGCCAGUACCUCUGGAGUGCCCUGCUGGUACAUACGGAGACCCUGGCAGCGGCUACGGCUGCAGACCCUGCCCCUGCCCACUCACUAACCGGGAGAACAACUUCGCAAGGACCUGCUCUGUCGGGCCUCGAGGCAACGUUAUCUGCGACUGUAUGACUGGCUAUGGUGGUGAGAAUUGCGAGUACUGCGAGCCUGGUUACAUAGGCAACCCUAUGAUCCCUGGAGACUCGUGUCGGCCGCGCCCGCAGAGCAACUGCAACCCAGUGGGCACCCUCCUUUCCCCCAUACCAGACGAGUGCCAGUGCAAAGACAACGUCCAGGGACGCUACUGUGACCAGUGCAAGAACGACUCCUUCUACCUGUCUGAAGACUUUAGACACGGUUGCGCUCUGUGCUUCUGCUCUGGGGUCUCCCAGACCUGUAGGAGUAGCAGCCGCCGCAGGAAGACUACCACGGCCAGAUUCAACACCCCACAGAUCGUGGAACAGGUUCACAUCUACAACAGCGCCCCUACAACUCUCGGGGGGAACGUUAAGUACAACGCGCCGGUGCCAACCGACCUCAGACCGAACCUGCUCCGAGGGCAACUUACACUCUCCGACUACGAUCGAUCAAGACCCUCGAUUUACUACUGGAGUCUGCCAAUUAGCUUCGCGGGCGACAAAGUGACGUCAUACGGCGGAUAUCUGACCUACACUCUGACCAACGUACCUACGAGCAGCUCCACACCUCGGAACACCGCCGCGGACGUACAGCUCAUAAGUGAAAAUCGUCUGACCUUCCAUUACUUCGGAAACUUCGCGCCCUCCAACGACGGAACGUUGAACGCCAGCGUGCAGUUCCUCGAAAAAGGAUGGCAAAGGCCCGACGGCAAGGAGAUAUCUCGAGAGCAUUUCCUCCUAGCCUUAGCGGACGUGAAAGCCAUCCUGAUCAAGGCUACAUACUCCAGUUACUCCCAACUCGGUUCUUUGGAGAGUGCUUCCAUCGAUACUGCGGAGGAGACCGGCAAUGGCCCGCAGGCCCUACACGUUGAACAAUGUGUGUGUCCUGAAGGAUACGUCGGCACCUCUUGUGAGGACUGCGCUCCUGGUUUCACGAGGAGUUCCCGAGGCCUGUAUCUCGAACACUGUGGUCGCUGCGACUGCAACGACCAUUCGACCAGCUGCCACCCUGAAACCGGCGUUUGUUAUGACUGCAAAGACAACACCGCUGGUGACAACUGCGAGAGCUGCAGACCAGGAUAUCAGAAGGAUGCUUAUGGCAACUGUGUGCGUUCUUACGAGCCCACUCCUGGGCCUAACAGGCUUUGCAGUUGCGACGAGCGCGGCGAAGCAGGCCCAUGCGACUCUAGAGGCUUAUGUCAGUGUAAACAGAACGUUGAAGGAGAGCACUGCGAUGUCUGCAGACCUGGUACCUUCGGUCUGGACCGCGACGAACCGCUCGGGUGCCUUUCCUGCUACUGUUCAGGCGUCACUACUGACUGUCAUGAGGCCGGCCACUACUCAAGGAUCGAGAUGGCAGCUCCUAUCUUCGGCGACGACUACGGCGGCUACUCGCUCACUGACCUGAAUGGCGAGCAAGUCAUCGACGAUCAGUUCGUACCAGAUCCGAACGAGAGCGAACUCAUGUACACCUUCCCAUUCCCGCCCGACGGCGAGCUCUACUGGUCGCUGCCUGUCUUCCCUGGUAACAGGGUGCUGUCUUACGGUGGUACACUGUCGCUGACGCAGAAGUUUGAGAGUGGAGGCUACCUGGAAGUGUCGUCUCCUGGCACAGACGUGGUCCUUGUCGGAGACUCCGUGUCUAUCUACUGGAGCAACCCCACCGCCGUCAGAUCCGGGGAAGCCCUGAGCUACCAAGUUCCUCUGCGCGAGAGUGGGUGGUUCCUUCUGAACACGGCUACGCCAGCCAACAGGAACGACUUCAUGGCAGUAUUGAAGAAACUUCGAAGGGUGCUGGUGCGAGCCACUCUCACUCCCAACAUUCUUUCUACCGCCAUCGCCGACGUUUCCAUGGAUACUGCAGCUGAGAUCUACAACCCACAGUCGCCUGUCGCUAAAGGCGUUGAGAUCUGCAUGUGCCCACAAGGCUACUCGGGCACCAGUUGUGAGAGUUGCAUUCCCGGAUGGUACCGCGACCCAUACAACGCCUGCCGCCAAUGCAGCUGCAACGGACACGAGUGUCAACUGGACGCAUACGACAGAGUUGUAUGCAACUGCCGACCCCCGUACUCUGGCCCCGACUGCACCACUGUCGGUGGUGAUUCGAGCGUGAACAACGGAACAGCCAGGCCUCCACCUCCCGAGCCUACCAUCGUGGUGAGGAUUACCAGCCCGACCAUCAAGAUUGAGGAAGUCGGCAGCAGCGUCAACUUUACUUGCCAAGCCCAGAGCCGAAUGACUGCCAGCCGAUUACCCGUGCAAUGGACCAAGGACGGAGGAGAACUGCCCCAAGGAAGAAGUCAAGUGGACGCCAGAUCCGGCCUGCUCCUCAUCACGAACCUUCAGCUCUCCGACAGCGGCAAAUACAUCUGCCAGACAAGCGACGGCAUCUCCACGGCACAAGCCAUUGCCACUCUCAAAGUGCCAGGCAAUGAAAUGACCUUACCGAUGGUGCAACUGCGUCCGGCUACAAACGAGUACUACGAAGGCGAAAGAGUGGUCCUGGAGUGCGUUGCUACCGGCAACCCGGCACCAAGGAUCACUUGGCAGAGAGUUGGCAACUAUCCACUCCCGCGCAGCAUAGAUACCGUGCAAGGCAUGUUCAUUAUCGAAAGUGCCAUUGAGGAGGACUCUGGAGAAUACAGAUGUAUAGCAACGAACGCAGCUGGAUCGACGGACCGCGUGGCUAUCGUCACAGUGCGCCCGAAACCAUCAUGGCCGACCCGCGAUAAGCUGACUGUUUCACCAACUGCGCCUACCGUAUCUGAAGGACAAAGCACUAGAAUCAUCUGUACUGGAACUGCCACUAUCCCAGCCGAAUCUAUUGAUUGGGCCAGGGAAGACCGUAUGGAGUACCCGAACGUCCGCUCAGAAAAUGGAGUCCUGUUCAUAGACUAUGCUACGAUAGAGAACCAAGGAGUGUAUACUUGCCAGGCGGCGUCUCCAGACAUCGUUCCAGUAUCUGUGCUCCUGACUGUCAUUCCCUCCGGUACCCCAUCACCGUCAGAAACGUCCAACAUCACAGUGUCUAAGAACAGCGUGAGGAUACCUCAAGGAGGUAGCGAUACCGUGGACUGUUCGCCUCUCGGAUACCCUCAGCCGCUCAUUAAAUGGAAAAAGUACGAUGGUGAAUUCGGCCCUGGCACGAGCCAGCGAGACAACAGCCUAAUCAUCACCAACGCCCAGGAGAACGACGGAGGGUACUAUCUAUGUGAGGGCAAUGUUGUCGGUGAACCCACCAUCCAGAUCUACGUCUACGUUGAAAUUGAAAAGCGCGAGCGUCCCCGGGUGGAAAUCUGGCCACAAGGAGAGCAGGCUGUGCCCCUGGGCAGUCAGUUCGAGCUGCACUGCCGCGUGUUGGGAGGCGUGCCCGCGCCUGACGUUACAUGGGAUCGCAACGGCGGACGAGCACUAUCGCCUCACGUGCAGAUCCAGAAGCACAAUAUUCUCAGGUUCGAAAAGAUCGAGGUGAACGACGAAGGCGAGUAUACUUGCGUGGCCACCAACGUUGCUGGUACAAGCAGCGCCAGUGCUGUUCUGAAGGUGCGGUCUCCUCCUGAGAUCAUAAUCACACCAAACAGCUACCUCGUCGCCGGCCAGGGAGACCCUGUCACCGUCGAAUGUCGCGCCAGCGGAUACCCUGAACCUCUGGUGUCUAUUAAAACGAACCGAGACCUUCGCGAGGUGGUGCCACAGGCGCCUGGCAUUGCUGUCCUGCGCAUCCCCUCCGUGAGUGAGCGAGAUGACGGCGAGUACAUCUGCACGGCGACUUCAGCCGCUGGUACCAUUGACGAACAGUUCGUCAUUCGUGUCGGACGCGGCGACAUCCCCUUAGUCGAUGGAGGCGGCAGCGGUGAAGGAGAAUUCGAACCGAACUACAACCCAGAUAACAACGUUCCAGCAAGCAUGAUAGCCUUCGAAGGAGAGGACAGGAAGAUCGAGUGCAACGCAUCCGAAGGAUUCCACGUGGUGUGGCGCAGAACUGACAGGCCCUUGCAAAGCAACGCCGUCCAAAGAGGAGCAGCUUUGAUCAUACACCAGGCGUCAAAGAGCGAUUCCGGCCAGUACGAAUGUACAGUGAUCAACAGUUAUACCAACGAGGUACAGCAAGCAGCAUAUACUAGCCUUCAAGUGGUUGCCGCGCCAAGGAUUACCCUGCAACCGAAGACACAGACUGUACACCCGGGUCAGUCACCGACUGUGGAAUGCAUAGUCGACGGUGAUGACGUCAUCGAUGUCCAAUGGAGAGGCAACGGCAGACCUCCAUCCAGACGUGUGGAAAUGCGUGGCCCCAGCCUGGUCUUCCACCAGAUCGAAGUAGAGGAUGCAGGACAGUACGAAUGUUUCGCCAGGAGCCGGUAUGGCAACGCUUCUGCAGUAGCUGAGGUCAUCGUCAGCGAGGAAAGCGAUCGCGCGACAUCGGAGUCGCAUGAGAACGAGCAGUACGCCCACGUUGGGGCGUCAGUACAGUUGAGCUGCAACGUGACGCAGCCGGAUGUGAGCAUCCGCUGGACGAAGGACGGGCGCGAGGUGGCGCGCCAUCCUCACACCUCCGACGGCUCGCUCGCCAUCCGGCACGCGCAAAAGUCCGAUAGCGGCCUCUACGUCUGCAUUAUACAAGACAGAUACGGCAGGAAAACUAGCAAUUACAUCAACCUCCACAUCCAGGGACCCCGUGAAGAAGCUCCAGCGCUGAUUGCUAUCGACCAGCCUCGCAGGGCGUUCAGGGUUGGGGAGAACGUCGAAGUACUCUGCAGGGCAGGGUCCAGAGGCACCAAGGUUACCUGGGAACGAUUCGGCAACAAUCAACAACGCCAAUACGUUGAGACUAGAACGUACGGCGACGGCGCAUUGUUCGUGGUACUAGGAGUGCAAGAGUCGGAUGCUGGUGUCUACAGAUGUACUGGCCGCGACCCGUACGGACGCACCUCCUACGAAGACUUCAACCUCGAGGUCAUACCAGUAACGUUUGGCCCAUCGGAGAACAUCCCCGGACGCGAUGUAGUCCACACAGCCCGUCUUGGACAAUCCGUGGACAUGCCGUGCACCCAUAACCUUGACGAGCCCGUGGCCAUCGAAUGGAGACGAGAAUACUCACCGCUACCCACUGAAGUGCGCAAAGAUGAGCCAAUCAUUCACCUGGACCGAGUGACUGAAGCGGACGCAGGCACCUAUGUCUGCCGAGUCAGCAACAGCCGUGCAGCUAUCGAGACUCGCGCUAUUCUUCGAGUCCAGGGCGUGGUGCCACGCUUCGACGGAGACAGCUGGAUCUCUCUACCCACUCUGAAGGAUGCCUACCGACAAUUUGACAUCGAGAUCUCCUUUAAUCCUAGCGAUCCGAACGGUUUAAUCCUGUACAACAGUCAGAACCAAGGCCGGAGCGGGGACUAUGUGGCCCUCCAGCUCGUAGAUGGAGUGCCGGAGUUCUCCCUGGACGCCUCCACUGGCCCUGUGGUGGUCCGCGGCGACCGGCCUCUGCAGCUCAACACUUGGCACACCAUCAGGAUCAGCAAGACGAUUGCUAAAGUAACCAUGGAUGUGGACAACACCGGGCCAUUCCUAGCUGAAUCCCCUCGUCAAUGGGACAUUCUGGACCUCAACCAGCCGCUGUACAUCGGUGGUAUCCCUGACUUCUCUCAGCUACCUGAUGUCUUGGCCCGGGCUACUGGAUACAUGGGCUGCGUGAGCAUGUUGAUCCUGGGAAGAGAGGAGAAGAACAUAAUGGUGGACAGUCUUGAACAGCACAACGUGAAUGAGUGCGACACAUGUGCGCCCAACCUUUGUCUCAAUAACGGCGUGUGCCAGGAGGCGCGCAACGAGCGCGGGUACAUGUGCCUGUGCGCAGCAGGUUUCGCAGGGCUCAACUGCGACCGUACCGGGGAAGCAUGCCGGCCAGGAUUGUGCGGCCCGGGCAAAUGUACUGACACCGCCGACGGGUACAAAUGCGCCUGCCCCGUCACCUACACUGGCAGAAACUGCGACAUGAAACAAUCGAUCGAAUAUCCAGCGUUCACUGGAAGCGCGUACCUGGCCAUCAAGGCUCCACAGACGAACCGGUACUUCCAAAUGUCGAUGAAGGUCAAGCCUUCAGCUCCAGUGACAGACGGCAUCAUCAUGUACUGUGCUGAGUCUCCGCGAGGCUAUGGAGGGUUCACGUCUCUCGCUGUUCACGACGGAAAACUGGAGUUCCGAUACGACCUUGGAGAUGGUACCGCGCCGGUUGUGCUGACAGCUAACAGAACGUUGCCCGCGAACGAAUGGACCAACGUACACAUCGCCAGAAUUGGACCCCAAGUUUCCCUGAAGAUCAAUCUCAUCAACGUCUUCGAACAGAAACUGGAUUCGCCACAGAAUAACAUUCACUUGGAAACUCCAAUGUUCGUUGGUGGCGUGGAUGACUCCAUCGUGCUCAACAACAACACCGGCGUCGUCGGAGGCUUCAACGGAUGCAUCAAAGAUGUGAUGGUGAAGGGCGAAAACGUGGACAUCGUGAACUCUUCGAUCCAGUCUGCUAAUGUCCAGGAAUGCAGCAACUACGCUGAUCGCGGGGAUAUUCCUGAGUCUCCGUGCGACCAAUGCCGCAACGGUGGAUACUGUACGUCGCCUGAGGCGUCGGUGUGCACCUGCCCACCCGGGUACGGCGGUAUGUACUGCGAGAACCGGGUGCCCCAGCAGUCCCGGCGCCCGGCUGCGCGGGACCCAUGCGCGGCGCAACCGUGCCGUAACGGCGGCACGUGCAAGCUGGACCGUUCCACCGCCAUGAGUUACUCCUGCGAUUGCCCGCUCGGAUUCGCAGGCGUUAACUGUCAGAUGCCAUUGCAACUGCUGCAGAGCGUAGGCUUCAACGGCAACGGUUACCUCGAGCUGCCCUCAGAGAUGUUGCGCUAUGACCGUAUCGACGUCGAACCCGUCGAGUUCGCUCUGGCCUUCCACACCACAGAAGACGGCGUCCUCAUGUACCAGCGAGAAGCCAUCUCCACGCCCAACUACGGGGACUACAUACUCUUACGAGUUGAGCAAGGCCACCUGGUAUUGGACUGGGACCUGGGCAGCGGCCUGUCUACCAUCAUCGUCGACAACACCAUCGUCAACGACGGCGAACGACACACGGUGCACGUGAAACUGACUCGAGACAACACAGUGGUGAUGACUGUGGAUAGCUACUACACCAAGACUGGCAUGACCACGGGUCUGUCCAACCUCAUGAACGCUGAUUCCAACAUCUACUUCGGUGGUAUCCCCGAGCACUAUAACUUCCAGCGUCUGCCCGGCCUGACGGGUUGCAUAGAGCAGGUGGAGCUCACUGGUCUUCCGAGGAAUUUCAAACUCGGUGACGUAGCCGUCGCUGGUAGGAACACGCAGAUAUGCCGCGACAGUCGGUCUUACCACUGAAGUGAACCCGAGUUAGUUUACAACUGAAGUCAAUUCUACAACCAUCUGUUUCGUAUCUACACUUGCCUAUAUAUAUCAGGUAAUUCGUCAAUUUAACAUAUCUAUUCUAAAUCUAUUUUACGGUUGUUUGUAUUAAAGUUCAGUUAAACACUAUGUUCAUUGUUACUAAACCAUUUUAAUAGUGUACGUUAAGAUUUGGUAGAGAUUUAUCAAGAUGACUGUACUACUUUAAUGUUAGUAUUAAGAAACUUCACUAUUCAGGACAAUACUUGCUUAGUGCUUAGUUAUCGGAAACUAUUAAUUAUGUACUUUAAAUCAAAGUUUGAAUUCAAUUUUUUAUAUAAACAGUGCGGGGUAGAGCAAUGUGUUGGUGCCAUAAGAUUUGAAUAAAUCGUUAUUAUUAUAGUUAGGGACCUUUUUAAUUCUUACGGAAUCAUUUUUAGCUUUUUAUUCGCAAAGCUAAGUUGCUAUGUUAUGAACAGUGCUUGUACUGGAAGUGUGGGUACAGUGCGAUGACGUCACGGGCCUAGCCGCCGCUUACGCGUUAUUUUAUGUCUAAACUAACGUAUAAUGUGCCAAAACUUGUUAGCACCAAUAAAAUCCUUAUACCACUGCCACUAUGAUUUACAUUGUUAUUUUCCUAAUAAUUAUACCUAUCAAUUCAUCGCUUGUAGCAACGAAUUUUAUAUUUUAAGUACGUAGAACUAAGUUCAUAGUAUACAUAAACUGUACAACAAAAUUUUUUUGUUAAUCUCCGUUGGCAUUUAACUUAAUUUAACAGUAAAUUUUGUAUCGCCAGUGAUUGGUACACCCACGUCCAGUGUUUAGUAAAUUUAAGAAAGUUAUAACGAAGUUGUAUGUGCGUAAAGUCGGGGUUAAAAAGGCCACAUUGAAGCACAUAAAUUACAAAGAAGCAAUAUUAAUUACAUGUUUCUUACAUGGAUUGCUUCCAUGCGGCAUUUUUAGAUCCCUGUCUGUUAUAUUUAGUGUAACUAAGUACUGUGACAUAUACUUACUCUAUUUUAAACUUAAGUAAUGACUCUAAAGUACUGAUAAAAUUGUAUAAUGUACUGUUUGUGUUGUUCUAUAUAAUAUGAUGUGAUCAACAGCAGCUGGAAUUUGAACAAAACGCUACUAACAUUAAGAAAUAAACAUAAUUACGAAUA